CAAAAAACAAACGUGUCGGGCACUUGAUCCCGAGUAUGAUGGCGCCAAAUUUCAACAAGUAUUCGGAACAAAGCCAUGGUUACUCGAUCGAAAUGACCCAACGCAUGCAGUAAACAAAGCAAUUUCACACGUGACCAUGGAUACGAAAGUCUUAGAUUUGUCAAGCUUAACUGAAUUCGUCCUUCACUCACUCCGGUCGACGGACGACGUCAAGAAUAUUCUAAAGUCUCAAUGCGAAGAAGUAAAAUUUGUCCUCGCCCCAUGGAAUCUCGAAACGAUUGAAAAGCGACCAAUCGACCAAGAAUCGUGCAAGUGCCUUCGGAUCCCAUCGUCAGAGGACCACGUCAAUGAAAUAGCAACUGGUAUAGACAGAGCAGUAGCGCAAGCGCGUCAACUUAGAGAAAAGCUUGCGAUUAACGUUCUGGCUGAGAAAAAGCUAGCCCGCAAGCCUAGCGUAAGUCAAAUCUACGCUUCUGGCUCGAGAGUGACGGGGAGCAAAACAAGGCUGUCCGAUUCCAAGGGAGGAAAAGAGAACGGUCGCAAGCUGUCCAGCAAUGCGAAUAAGCGAGGUGUAACUGAGCAGUGUGAUAUUGGAAUGAACCAAAGGGAGCCGGAAGAAGUGAAGUCAAAUGACAAUUCCUGUUCUAAGAAAAAAAUUCCAGUUCAAAAUCAAUUGGGAGUUUCAAAAGCGUUGAACGAAAAAGAUAGGGCAACGAAAGUUAGCAAAGGGGAUAAAAAAUCUGUCAUUGAAACAUCUCAAUUUAGGAAGAAUAGAAACAGAAUUUCAGAAUCUAAACAAAUUGAUAAAAAGCUUAUAUCGACAUCUCCGUAUAAUUUACUGGCUGCUGCUUCAAAAACGGAUCGAACGUCAAAGGGAAAGAAGAAUUUCAUCGCUGCUAAUAAAUCGCGUAUAAAAAAUAUAGAAGCUACAAAUGCAAGAUCGCAGGCUGUGAUUAGACGGAGUAGCAGCUCGUCGGAAAUCUUGAUUCACAGCUCCCAGAGUUUGGCAACUGAAAAAUCUUCAGAGUCAUCGAUUUCUGGCCCUGCCUCGGCCGCUGAGCUUGAAAAAUUUAUCAGCAGAAUGUCCAUUGAUUCUGAUACCCGCUUGUCAAGGUCUGACGAGAAUUCAGAAGCUGCCGGCUGUCCUGUGCAUGAUAAAAAUGCUCCAAAGUUUCUAGAAGAAAAGAUUUACACGAGCAUGGAUGUAACGGAGGGUUUGGACAGAUUUGGAGUACCUUCGGACCUCGUUAAACUUCUGAAAGUUUAUCACAGCUAUUUCAACAGGCAAUCGACGAGUAAAAUGACAAACGACAAACGAGGCGAGAGAGCCGAGCACAGAUUUCUCACAGAAUUUCAUACGAUGAAUCACGAUAGGGAUAAAUUAUCAACCAGAAAAAAGCUGGAUAGCUUGUGUAAGGAUUUUUUACCUAUGCUGAAAGAGUCCUGCAACGACAGCAUGGAUUUUAUAGAACUGAGUAAGAUUAAAAUCCGUUUCACAAAUUUGGAUACCACUUGUAAAUUGCUUGGAAUAAGAAGCUUCAGUCCUGUAAAAAGGAAAGUCUGCAACAUGAUGCAAAAUCGUUGCACUGAAAGUUUAAUAGAGAGAUGUAGGACCUGGAGAUUAAAUGCCAUUUGGAAUGAAGUGUGUAUUCCAAGUUUCAAAGAAAUGUCACGGGUUUGUUACAUACGAUAUGCGAAUAAAAAUCAACUCCUUGUACUGUUUGAGCUCAUGCAAAGGAUCCAACAACUGAAAUAUCAAGCAAUGUUGGUGAAUUUGUUGAACAGAGAAGUAGUGCCUUUGAUACGAGACACUUUUCAACCAAAUAGCGAAGAAUAUGUCGAGGCAUACAAAAUGAUUUCGAUCAUAUCGAAUUUAUUAAACCAAACCGUUCCAGUUCUGGUCCGAACAGAUCAAUAGAAGAAAAGUAUUGCAACGAAAUUCAUUUCAAUUUGAAGUUCCUUCUAUAAAAUGAAUAUGAAACUUUCAGCUUAAGGCCAGAGGUGAAUUGCUCCUAAGGAAACACGUUCGUGUGGUUUACAUAAUACUCAUAGAAUUCGAUGAAAUGAAUUCGAAUUUCUCUCAUCAAACCGAUUUUUGAACAAAAAGGAAAUAAAAACUCAGAAAUAUCAACGUUCACCUGAAAAGUAUUAAGGUUGAUGAAAAAUGUAAAUAUGUUUACAAUUUGUACAGUGAAUGAGGUUUAAA